AUGAAUGAUUCUGACGACGCUGUAUACGAGAUUAAAGGUGAUGACAAAGUAAUUCGUGCCGCUCUGGUAUCGAGUGAACUUGAUGAAAAAUCAACUGUUGCCGCUACUUCAACUAAUGCUGAUAUUGAUGAUUACAUUUCCAAGUUUUUGGAGAUGUCAGAAGAUGCUCGUGCUGAUGAUCAAAGAGAGAAACAAAUGACUUUGAAGCAAGGAAUCAAGACUUUUCCAAAGGCUAUCGCUUGGUCGUUGGUUUUAUCUACUGCAUUGAUUAUGGAAGGUUAUGAUACUAAUUUGUUGACGAGUUUUUAUGCUUAUCCUGGUUUCAGAAAGAAGUUUGGGGAUUAUUAUUCUGAUAUUAACGAUUAUCAAAUCCCAGCUAGAUGGCAAACUGGUUUGUCUAUGGGUUAUCAAUGUGGUCAGUUGAUUGGUUUGUGGUGGGCUGGUGUAUUUGCCGACAAGAUUGGGUAUAGGAAGACAUUGAUGCCAGCAUUAGCAACUUCAAUUGGGUUGAUUUUCAUUCAAUUCUUUGCUCCUAAUCGUGAAGUAUUACUUUUGUCUUAUAUUUUAUUGGGUAUUAACUGGGGUUCCUAUCAAACAAUUACAGUCACGUACGCUUCUGAAAUUGCUCCUGCUAGUUUACGGGUGUACCUAACAACAUAUGUCAAUGUAUGUUGGGUGUUUGGACAGUUGAUUUCUGCUGGUGUUAUUAAAGGUAUUUCAAAUAUGAGUGAUCCUCAUGCUUAUCGUAUUGCUUAUGCUAUUCAAUGGGUUUGGCCAAUUCCAAUCUUGGUUGGUGUUUACUUGGCUCCAGAAUCGCCUUAUUUCUUGGUAAAGAAAGGUAGACUUCAAGAAGCUAAACAUUCGUUAAUGAGGUUGUUGACAACCAAUCCUUAUUUGCCAGAAAAGGGUUUGGUUGUUGAAAGUAUGGUAACCAAAAUUCAAUUGAUUGUUAGAGAGGAGGAUGCUACCAACAAAGGAGCAUCUUUCAAAGAAUGUUUUACUGGAAAGAACUUUAGAAGAACAAGAGUUUCAGCAAUUACUUGGUUAUUUCAAAACAUCACUGGAUCAGCAUUGAUGGGUUACUCAACAUACUUUUAUGAACAAGCUGGUUUAGAUCUUUCCAAUGCAUUCACAUUCUCAAUCAUCCAAUACUGCCUUGGUAUUAUCGGUACAUUUGGAUCUUGGUUUUUGUCACAAAAACUUGGUAGAUUCCCAAUUUUCUUUGGUGGAUUGUGCACACAAGCUGUUCUCCUUUUAGUCACUGGAGGAUUAGGUUGUUCUUCAUCUACUGGUGCAAGUUGGGGUAUUGGAUCAAUGUUGUUGGUGUAUACUUUUGUCUAUGAUGCAACUGUUGGACCUAUGUGUUACUGUAUCAUUCCUGAAAUGCCUUCAGCACAAUUGAGGCAAAAGACAGUUAUGUUGUCAAGGAUGAUUUACAAUAUAUCCGGUAUUGUUGUUGGUAUUCUUUCAAGUUAUAUGUUGAAUCCCACCGAGUGGAAUUGGAAAGCAAAGACAGGAUUCUUUUGGGCAGGAUUCGCCAUCUUUGCAGCCAUAUGGACUUGGUUUGAAUUACCAGAGACCAAGAACAGAACAUUUGCUGAGUUGGAUAAAUUAUUUGAGCAGGGUGUACCUGCUAGAAAAUUCAAAUAUACUGUCCCCAAAACUUUUGAUGCUGGUGAAAUGAUGGAAAAAUUAGGAAACAAUGGUAUCAAGAAUAUCAUCAACGAGAGAGAGCAUAUUGAAUAUGCUGAUGACGAAUUAAAAUGA